CCAAUUUGUAAACUAUGUAUAAAUAGAAUAUCCUAUGUUUGAUGGUUUAAAUUACUAAUAUAUAGAUGAUAUAUUCAAUUAAGAAUUGUAAGCACUUUUUAAGUAGGAUGACUUCGUCAGUAGUAGAGAGAGACAAAAGCCUCUGUGAAGAGCACAUAUCAUGGCUUACCACAAACUUAUUUCAAGACUCAAAAACGUGAAACCCACCUGCCAAAAAUCCAAAAUCAUGGCUACAAAAGAGAACCCACCUGAGGGACGCAGAGAGCAUCACAUACCCUGAUUCUUUCUUCGUCUCUCGGAACUUGCUUUUGCUUCAAACAUAUCAUAUAGCACACAAGUAUGAGAGCCACGGCAUCACUAGUUACACUUAACCAAACGAUUAUGCGGCGCUGUAAGAAGCUCCUGAUCAGAAUCACCAAGAGCUGUCCCAGACGCCAUUACCGGCAUUUGAAACUUCAGAAAGAUUUUUCUUCUUCUUCAUCAUCAUCAUCUGGGAAGAAAGCCACCAAAGUGUUGGCUUCAUUCUUCCUCUAUUUCCAAAAGAAGAAGCAGAAGAAGGAAAAGAUGAAGCGACUUAACGAACUCAGGAGUUUCUCGGAUGCUGUCAGUGAAAGGAAGGCAUGGAAACCUGAAUCAAAAAAGAAAGUUUUCCCAUCUAGUCUCACGCCGUCUUGGCUUGGUCAAGGUAAGGCUCAUUCACAAGAUGUCUCACAAGGUCAUGAUCCACCUAGAGACAGCACAAGCGCAUUCCUUCCAUGACUCAAAAAAUGUCAAAAACAUCUCGAGAUCAUAUGUAUUGCUUUCAAUUUGAUUACGUGGAUGUUGUAGGAUAUCUCAUUGUCGUGGUUUUCCACACUAAGACCCUAAUCUGACUGCCUCAGGGUGUAUUAUGUAUGCAAAGCAAAUUCUUUGUAGAGCAAGAUCUUAAUAAAACUGAUGUGUAUGAUUCAAGAAA